AUAGGUAAAAGAUAUAGGAUAAAAAAAGGAUUUGAGGUUACACGCAAGAACGUUUGUUUAUAAUAAAACUAAGUAUCGAUCAAAUAUUAAUCGAAAAUAAUCGAGAUAGCCACACUAUAUGAACAAACCUGUAUUUUUCCUAUUCUAAACUAUUGAUAAUAAAUCAUAAUCGAAUAUUUCCUAACACUAUUGCAACUUAUAUACAACACAUACUAACAUAACCUCAAUUAGACAUAAUAAACGAUUACGCCAUCUUGAAUAUCGAAUGAUUUUUCAUAUUUGCUUCGGUUGUCUGUAUAGGCCAAAAUAACUGCACAGUUUUAUCAUACACAUGUAUUGGUAGGCCUGCAUAGGCAUGCCUGUACAGUCAUAAUUGACAGACUUACCGGAACGUCGUGUGGUCGAACAUUAUUAACGAACAUCAUUUCCGGAAGGAAAAAUAUUAUCCUCCGUCGCGGGGCUGGCUUGUCACUGUUUCAUUGGAAAAUCGAUUCGGAAAACAUCGCUCCGGGGUGAAGAUAGCGGCGAGAUUACCCGGACAGUAGUGAAACGCAAAAGAUAAAAUGUCGUGGUGAAUUUUUGGCUGUUGAAACAUACGACGAAAACCGCCGGAAUGACAGGUCAUAUCUGGUUCUGCUUCUUAUUGUUCUUAACGGGCUACUGUGAUUGCUCACUAACGGGGACAAUAUCAUCGUUCCCGAUAAACCUCGAGAACAAUCCUUACUGUCGUAUUUGCCCCAAUCACACCAUGUGCCGAUUUCCGCUCGAUACUGAUGGCAUUAGAUGUAUAAACCUUCAGCAUGCUGAUCUGGACGACAAAGAUAUUGAAACUAUACUCCAUUGGCACAAUACUUAUCGCAAUACUGUGGCAAGUGGGAAAGAAAUACGAGGAAAUCCAGGUCCACAACGUCCAGCAAAAUUUAUGAUGGAAGUGAUGUGGGAUGACGAACUUGCUCUUAUCGCGAGACGAUGGGUGGUACAGUGCAAUCUUCUCGAGAAAGAUCAGUGCAGAGAUGUUGGAUUUGGAGUAUGGCAGAAUGUGCACAUUUUCGAGAUAGAUAACAUGGGAAACCUGUCAUCCAUCGCAAGGAUUCGCUUUCAUAUUCAAUCAUGGUACGACGAAGUAGAAGAUUUCGAUUCGGCGGAAUUCGGAUUGGUGAAUUUCGUCGCAAAAAGUAACUUGCCUUACAUUCCAUUCGCGUUGUCGACAAUCAGCCGGAUCGGUUGCGGUCGUGCAAUUUACACACAGCGAUCGAGAUUCAAAGUCAAAAACAUGGCGACGUCGUCAACCGAACAUACAAUAGCCAUUGCAUACGGAGAAGUUCGUGUAGAGGCUCUCGUGUGCAAUUAUGGCCCUCUUGAUUGGAACACACCAAGAGAAUUGUACGAAGAUGGUGUACCGGCUGUUUGUCCAGCGGGAACGAUGCGGAGCACACAAUAUCGAGCCCUAUGUCAAAAGUUUCAGGGAUGGCAUACACAAAAGCAGCGUAAAGUUCAAGAGAAGCGAGGUAAAAAGAACAAUGGAACAACGAGCAACAAAUUUUUGAAAUCUACAGUUUAUCUUAUUCAACUAGUAUUAUUAUUUCUGAUACGCCUAUUGACGUGAUCGUCCACUUAUCAUCGUUGUCUGAUGUGCUAUUAAUAGACCUAUAUUCACCAGUUAACCACUGUUUAUACCAUAGUCACCGGGGUCGGCCCAUUAACUUCGAUAACGAGGAACCUGGAUCUACUAAACGCGUCUAUCGCCUACCAUGUUGACUUCUUACUCUUACGGUCAAUUUGCCGUCCUCUUACUUUUUUUUGUCAACUCCAAGAAUUUGAUCUUACGAUUAAACGACCGUGACGAGGCAACACGAACUUGCCUACUGAAAAAAAAAAAAAAA